AUGGCAAAAUUCAUUUUUGUUUUUAUUUUAUUAAUUUUUAUUUUCAUUAAUUCAUCUUAUGCUCCCGAACCUUCCUACAUAGGCAAUUGGAAAAAUCAUUCACCGCAAGAAAUAGCAGAAAAUAAAGCUAAGAAAGAAGCUGAGAAAAAAAAAGCGCAUUAUGAUAUGAUAAAACAAGUUGGAGAAAGUGAAAAAAAGAGACGGGCUAAAAAUCCGUAUACUAAUUUUACAUUUUCACCACCUUCAAAAAAGUAA